AGACAGAUUUCAACUCAAUUCAAAUUUGAACGCAGCGGAUGUGUUGUUUGUUCGCCUCGAGCGGGAUAUUUGAUUAUUCUCAUUUAAGUACUUUCACUACUGUGAUUAUUAAAGGUGGUGCACACCUAAAGGAAAAUGAUGGGGAGCAGAAAAAGUCAAGCCUUGGCUUCUUCCCUUGUAACCGACAUCAAUCAUGCCAUGGCAAGGCUGGUGGACAUCUGGGACAGUAUCGGAAUCAUGGAGGAACAAAGGAUUGAAAGGAUGCAGACUGUUAAGAAAUAUAUAGAGGACCUUCUGAAGGACAUGAUCACUGAAGAGGAGUCGCUGAGGCACCGCAUCAAAACCAGCAUCAUUACGACUCGGAAGCAGUUGGAGUCGCUGUCCCUCGAGUUGUCUUUGGAACCAUAUAAAGUAGAGGAUGACCUGACAGUUCUUCAGCUGGAGAAGAACCUGCGCUGCCAUCUGGAGGUCCUGCAGAAGGAAAAGAGCGAGCGUCUGAGGGAGCUAAGUGAUCUGACACAGCAGGACGAGGAGCUGUGUGUGACACUGUGUGCUACACCCUACUACAUUCCCACUGGCAGCAUGCCAUCUCAAACACAACUGCAGGAGCUCCGUGAGCACAUCGAGAAGCUUAGCAAGGAAAAAGAGAGCAGGGUGAAGGUGUUUUCUGGGCUCCGCGAGGACAUACGAGGUCUGAUGGAAGAGAUGGGCCAUGAGCCGGAAACUAGUCUGGAGCGAGAUUCCGUCUGUUCCGACACAGACAUCUUCUUGCUCACACAUGAGAACAUCAAAGCUCUCAAGCUGUUGCUCAGCCAGCUGGAGAUGAAGAAGGAAUCUCUUAUUUCAUCCCGUGACAAACUUAAGGAUCGUGCUACAAGCCUAUGGAAUCGCUUGAGCUGUCCGGACGAGGAGGCACAGGAAUUCAAACAGGAGCCACUCGGCACUUUCUGUGAUGACAUCAGAAGGUGGCAGAGGGUGGUGGAUCGUCUCGAGCUGCUCCAGAGGACCAAACUAGAGGAGGUGAUUGAUAAAGUACGACAAGAGCUGGUGGUCUUCUGGGACAAGUGCAUGCUUGGUCCAGAACAGCGAGAGCCUUUUAAUGUCCACUUCUGUGAUGUUAAUUACACGGAGGAGCUGCUCAGCCUGCAUGACUCUGAGCUUCUGAAGGUGAAGCACUUUUAUGAGGAAUCGCGUCCAUUACUGGAGAUCAUUGACAAAUGGGAGAGGAACUGGGCUCUCUUCCAGGAUUUCGAGAGAAAGGCAGCAGAUCCGAAUCGCUUCUCCAACAGAGGAGGUUCUUUAUUGAAGGAGAGUAAGGAUAGAGCUAAAGUGCAGAAGCUGCUCCCAAAGCUCGAGGAAGAUCUGAAAUGGCAUGUGGAGGCUUGGGAAAAGAAUCAAGGCUCAUCAUUUCUGAUGAGAGGACAGAAGGUGAUGGAGUACAUCGCUAAACAGUGGGAAGAGCAUCGCUCACAGAAAGACAAAGAAAAGAACGAUCGUAUGUCUAAGAAAGCAGACGGCACUCAGUUUAAAACCCCAAGUAAGAGGCCCCAUGGAGCAGCCAACAACAGCGUGACCCCCAGCAAGAUACGGAAGAUGCCUAAUCAGCCUUCGUUGCGCACCACAACGAUGAGCAGCAGCACCAGCAGUGCUUCCAGCACUUUUUUGUGUGUAUCCAGCAAGCCUCCGCUCUCAGCCAAGCAGAGGCUUAAAACAUUUGAGGCAAGCUCAGCCCCUCGGACACCACUGCAGGAGUUCAACAGCGAUAAGAAGCUCAUCCCUAUCACCUACUCUGACUUUACAAAUGAGUUAUCGAGAAAGGCCGAUCACGAUGCUGUUCUGAACUCCACUGUUAAAGAUGUGCUCUAACUCAUCUUCAAAAUGUGCAGCAUUUCAUUUUAGGUCUUUCAAGGGCAGCUGUUAUAUAUUCAUUUUUAAUUCCUAAGGCAUUUAUCUUUCUCAGGUAAUAUUUGUAUUUACAUUUGUACUAUGUUUUUAAGCGCCUUUUUUUUUUUAGCAGUGGUUGUUUUUUUGUUUUGUUUUUUUCUCCUGUAUACAGACAUGUAUGAUCUCUUUUUAUACAAAUGAUCUCUUUUUAUACUUUCUUUACAUUGCAUCUAUUUCACAUGCUUUUAAGCUGAGCACCUUAAAAGUACACAUGUACAUAUUACAAAUGUGUAUUCUGUUCUCAUAAAAACGAAAUAAAUAUCGAAAUUUGUGUCUUCA